AGUGCGACCACGGUGUAAAAAAAAACAAACAAACCAAGUCCUCACAUUUCCGCAAACAUCCCUGUUGCUGUUGCAGAAGAAGACCAGUCAUCGAAUGCACACCGUCACCGACAGUUCACUUCACACAACGCGUACGCACGGAGAAAAAAGAAAAAAAAAAGAAAACUGAAAAAAAAAUUUGUUAAAGUGAACAAAUUGUGUGUAAAACAUCAUCAAUAUCAGAAUAAACUUACCAGACAAUCAAAUUUUUUUCUGCUACAAUUAAAAAAUAAGGAAAAUGUUCCUUAAUUGUUAUUAUGGCGGGAGCGAUAUUAUCAUAAAAAUUAUUAAAAAGGGUGAAGAAUUUAACGUCGAUGAUUUUAAAGAAGCAGCUUUCCAGGCUUUUAAAAUAGACAAAGAGUCUUCAUAUUUUUUUGACGCAUUUUCGAAAGCACAAAUUCAAGAUGAAAACCUUGUAGAAUAUGUGUUACACAAAACCAAAGCUGCCCCGGAUUGGAAAUUGGGAAUAUCUAGAGUUGUGCAUAAAAACGUCGUCUUAGAAGUCGCAAAUGCAGAAGAAGACGAUCAGGAUAAUGUCAUACCCAGUGGAGCAUCUUUAGUUCAAGUUGCAGAAUCUGAGCUUGAUCUUGGCCUCAAUUCAAGUUUAUUAAGUAGUUUGUUGGCAAGCAGUUCUCAUCUUCAAACUCCUACUAUCGCAACCAAAGAAUUAUAUAAUUCGAUUUCAUUUCGUAGCAGUAAAGUUGAUUCAAGUGAAUUAACAGAAUCAAACAUAAGCAUAUUGGUUAAAUCAACAUUCAGUUCUGUAGAGAGUUUCAAAGAAAAUAAUGAUUUGGACUUAAUAAUAAUCCUCGCGAAGUUUGGAAAUUCUUUAAAUUUGGAUAACCAUGAUAGAAUUACGAUUUCAAAAUUCGUUGUUAAACAAAUUUUGCAAGAAAAUAAACAUGUUGAAUUGUCAAGGCACGAUUUUUUGUAUUUAGCUGAACUUAUUGUACAAGUGUUUCCGGGAGAAAUAACUUCUGCCUAUUUUACGCCUGCAUGUAGGGGCCAAAGGCCUUGUGGAAAACUUUAUGAUGCUUACACAUAUUUUAGAAAAAAACUUUCUGAAUCUAAACUGAUAAAAAGAUCGAGACACCGACGAAACUCUGAACCUAUUAUAGCUGCGGAACCAGAAGACGUUAUUGAAUCAAACUCUGACUUAGAAGCUCUUGAAUGGUUAAAGUCCGAAAUAGAACCCUGGAGUAUUAUUGAGAAUAAUUGGAAACAAACGCACAAUCUUCGACAGAAACUACUUAAAGCGUCAAGUAGUAUUUUGGAUUACCUGGAUAACUUCCCGAUAUUUGUUGCUAAUUCAAAAGAAUCGAUAAAACUGUUGAAUAUAGAUGCGAAAAUUUUGCUGCCUCAAGCCCAAAACUUUUCAGAAUGCUGGUCGUUAUAUUAUCCAAAAAUUUUAAAGUAUGGUGAAAAAUCGAAAGACAACAAUGUUAAGCAAUUCAUGAAAAUAGUCAGAACCAAUACUGAAGCUUCAAAAAUUAUAGCAUUGAUAAUAUUGAGCUAUAUGUUUCCAAGCUCACGUACAAAAAAGAGUGCAACGAAGGCUUCAUACCGUUGCUCGAAAAUCGAAAGUCAAGAAAAUUUUGUAGCAUAUUUUAAGACUAUACAAGAAUCUGACAACCACGAAAUUAAUCUAGCAAAGAAUAACUCUGGGAAGCAGCCAAGAAUUGUGGUAUUAGGAGAUCCCAGCAAAAAGCUCAACGCCUACGUUACGCUUCUGGAUAAGAAAUAUUUUUUUGAAGAUCCAUUGGAAGCAUUCGAAACUUGUUUUUUUCUGUUUUACGUUCUUGACCUCAACUACCCAGCAGAGAGUAUGAUGGUUUGGACGUUUACACAAAUUUUUUUAUUUGGAAUAAAAGUCGAACAAAAAUUCAAAAAAGGCGUAAACAUGGCCACAAUCGAAACAAUCCACAACGAUUUGUGCAAAAUGUGAGUUAUUGGCUUUAAA